AUGAAAUCAGUUGGAAAGCCUGAUUACCCGUUAGCGAAUGUGGGCCCCGUGAACAUUAAUCCACACACUGGGCUGCAGUCAACGAAGUCCUGGCGUCAGGCCAAGCCACCAGCGCUGGAGCACUUUGGACUGCGAGUCAGUUUCACCAAGUCAGACAAGUGUGGAAGAUGGAUCGCAGAGCAGCCCUCAUGGCGCUGGGAGGAUGCAAAGGACAGUGGGGACUUCAGGCUGAAGAAACUUGAGAAAGACUCAGUAGAAGAUCUCCAAGUAGACUGUGACAACUGA